AUGGCCACUCGAUCCACCACAGAGCCUGAGCGAGCUGCUGCUGAAGCAGCUCGCGUACGAAAGGAGGAGAUCGCCGAGAUGAUCAACAAGGCCAUGGAGAAGGUUGACUGGUCAGAAGUCCUCCCAUGGGAAGAGAUGAUCAGCGACGUGACAACACCGAUUGUUAAAGCUCAAGACAAACAGAACCAGAAGCUUGAGGAGUUCAUUACCAACCUCAAGGACGGCCUGGAGUCCUCCGACAAGAAGCACUCUGCCAGAUUUGAGCAGCUCAAGCUCACCAUCGAGUCUGACAAGCUGGCGAAGAAGGAGAUCGAUGACCAGGUCGUCCAGAUGAUGAACCUCCAAGGCCAAAUUCUACCUCUGUUAGAAGCAAACGGGAUCAAGAAGGCCCAACCAACCCAGCAAGAUGAUGCCUUCCCAUUCUCAACAGUACCGUCGGACGAUUUCAAGAAUGAACGCCUUGCCAACGGCCGACUCAACCUCCAACGAUUGCCAUACAACUCAUCGUUCAAGAACCUUCAGGAGAAACGAGUCAAGUCGGCAUGGAAUGAAGCAGUACUUCAGGAUGAAGCAGACACCUUCUAG